UUCUAUUUUAGCUCGGCUCUCACAGACGGCGGUCAUGGCUCGCUGCAGGAGUUACUUACGAGGACUCGCCAUCUGUGUCACUGUGCUGCUACUGGUGUCUGGGGUGGUGAUGAUCGGCGUCGGAUUCUCCUCCAUUGACGGCAACACGCCGGUUGCCGAGCUGUUCGACCAGUUGUCCAGUAGCGACGGCUUACUGGUGCUGCAGGUGUUCGGCCCCAUCACAGUGAUUCUGUCCAUCAUGGGUAUCUGUGCUGCAUCUUUAGACCUCAAACCUCUGCUGCUGGUGUUCUCUGCUCUGAUAUUCGUGGAGUUCGUGGCCAUGAUGGUUGUCGCCUCACCGCUGGUUCAGGUUCAAGCUCAGAUGGACGGUGCGGUGGAUGAGGUGUUCCUGAACGUAACUCCCCUCCACAGAGCCGAGCGUUACAUCCAGACUGAACUCAGCAAACUCCAGGCCUCCGACUCGUGUUGUGGUUUGAGGAGUUUUGAGGACUGGGAGAAUCAACUUCCUGACACCUGUCUGUGCACGCCUAGCGUCUCUGACCUGCAGCACAGCUCUCAGCCUGGUAACUGGAGCUCAGAGGGGCCCUGUGUGAUGGUGGGUGGUGACCUUUCCCCUCCGACCCAAAAAGUCAGAGAUAAACUGUGGGUUCACUCUGAGCCCUGUGGUCCCAUCCUGAAGAGCUACCUGAGCUUCCCCAUCAAACUGCGGAUAGGAAUCAUUUCAGCCUUCGCCACCAUCACGAUGGCGGCCAUCGCUCUGUGUCUGACGUUGGGUCUGGAGGAAUACUGGAAGACGCCUCCAGUAGAAACGACAGUCGAUGACUUCAACAGAGUGAAGUAUCAACCCAAACCCUCCCUCACCUGACCUCUGACCUCUGACCUGCAACCAUUCAAACUGCUGGUGAUGAUUGUGAGAGUUCAUUAAACUAUCCUCCUCCUCCAGGAUCUGAAAUCUUUUCUAACACAGCAUAUUUAUAUUUGACAGAAGGUCAGUUUGAGAAAACUUCACCUGAAGAAAGACCGUUUGUAAAUCAAUAAUAAUCGCGUGUUGAACUUGUGUAAGUUCAAGUUGUGCCUCCACGGUGAACGAAAAAUCCAAAAAGGGAGAACAUUAUGAUUUAAAACGUGUCAGUACAGUCGGGCCGUGUAACGUGCCUCAGCGUGCACAUGACCAUCCCAAAUGUUUGAAGGCUUCUACAGUCGGUUGAUGAUCGACGUGCAAAUCAGUUUUCAGAUGCUUCGUUUUUUGUGUAUUUCUGCAUCACCCCAAAAAUCCCAAAUAGUCCAUGAAAUAAGAAAAAGUAAUCCAAUAAUCUUCAUCAUAGGCUACAGUCAUUUUAUGUAUUCAUUUGCUUACAGGUCUAUUUUUGUACGAAUAAUUGAAGUGAUUACUGCAGCAGCCAUUUUUGCUUCAGUAAAGAAGGAAAAUUCUUGAAGUCAUAUUUUUGUCCUCAUCUCUCAUGAGACUCAAAACUACAAUAACAGCAAAGUUUAUGAAAAAUGACGACAAGUUUUGAAGCUUUAAAGCCCCGAACAUUAAGGAUGUACGAUGUAUAUGAGGCUGAUAAAUUAUUGGCUGGUAACGGGACAUUUUUAUAAUUAUGCAUUAUUCCCAUAAUUACAAUUAUAGCUGAUAAUAUGAAGCCAGACUGCUCUCACUGACUCAAUAAGGGCAGCGUCUACACACCAACACAGUGGGUGAUGGAAGCACCGUUCUUUGUGUUUGUUGUGUUAACAGUAGUGAUGUCAGGUUGAUCUGGUUUGGUCAGAGCUGUGGAAUAUUAAAUCAGACAUAUUUCCUCACAUCAUCUCAGCCUGUCUGACCCUCAGGUGAACAUAAACUUUUCUGUUUAAAAUACAAAUGUGAAAUUAUCAGUUAUCGGCCAUGAGAAGCAGCUCGUUAUCGGUUAACUGUAUCGGUUGGAAAAAAAUCCAUAUUGAUUCAUCCCUACCAGAGAGAGUAUUUGGGGCAGCCCUGCUCUGAACGUUAGUGUUAUAAAUUGUAAUGUUUCAAUGAAAAUACAUGCGGUACUGAUCACAUGAUGGAUAAAUGAGACUUGGAUUUUACUGUAUGAGUUGUGUAACAGUUUGUAAACACAGUGUAAAUCCCCGAUCCGUCCAUGGCACUGAAUUAUAAUGUAAAAUCUACACAGAUGCACAGGAUUGUCAAAAUAUAAAAAAAACUUUAUGUUCACUUGACACAAAAACUCAGUGUGAGCCUGGCAUUGACUAAAAUAUAUGACAUCACUUUUACCUCAUUAGUUUAAAGGGAUAGUGCAGCCAAAAAUGAAAAUUCAGCCAUUAUCUACUCACCCAUAUGCCGAGGGAGGCUCAGGUGAAG